CAACAAGGUGCCAUUAUUCAAGUCAUGGAUUUCACCUUUCCCACGCAAAAGAAAGUUGUAUAAACAACAGCAAUAUCUAUCUCAUAAAGAGAAAAAAAGAAGCUUUUGUUCUUCCUCUCCUUCUCUCAUAGAAUUAGAGAGAGACUAGGAGAGAGGCCAUGAAGAACACCAUCAGAUGCUGCAUCUCUUGCAUUCUCCCAUGUGGGGCUUUCGAUGUGAUCCGUAUCGUUCACUCUAACGGGCAUGUCGAGGAAUUCAGCGAGACGAUUCGAGCAAGUGAGGUCAUGAAGGCGAAUCCAAAGCACGUCUUGAGAAGGACAACCACCUCGUGUUCAUCGUCGGAAGGGGGACUUGUUCGGAGGAUCGUGAUAUUACCGCCUGAUGCAGAGCUUGAAAGAGGGAAGAUCUAUUUCCUGAUGCCUGAGAAGACUCGUUCGUCAUCUAAUACAAGGAAGAAGAAGAAGAAGAGAAGAGAACCAGAGAGCAACAAAAGUAUUGGAAGCUCGAUUGGGGUGACAAAGGUUCUGAUAUCCGAUCGAUACUUAUCAGAAAUUUUGUCUGAGAAGAUACCCAUGCAAAGGGAUCGUCGGCGGGGCCGCAUCGGUGUUUGGCGGCCGCAUUUGGAGAGCAUCAAUGAAAGCCCAACGGACUGCUGAAAUCCAGUCUCUAACUCUCCGGAGUUAUAUUUAGAUUAUGAUCUCUUCUGUGUACACACCCAAAAAAAAAUUCUGAAUUUUGUGCUGUUUUUAUUACUGAAUUUUGGGCAAUGAAUUUCAACUGUUUUUGAGAGAGAGAGAGAGACUUUGGCAAUUAGAAAAAAGAAGAGAUAAGGAGGUUUGCACGUGUGCCUACGUGUGCAUGUAUGAGGCUCUAAGGUCAGGGCCUCUUUGGAUUUGGCAAACUUAUCUCGUGACUAGUAACCUAUGACAAGCUGUAAAUGCUAAUAGGUUAUGAACAUUCCAUUGCUGAUUAGUCGUUCAGUCCGCGCUU